GUCUUGAGAAAUCAAUAUCAUUUUAUAACGCAUAUCUAUGUGUAUCUAAACCAUAGAUCAGAACGUGGUAUUUAAUCAUAUUUGACACAAUAAACAAUCAUUCAUUCAGUAUAAAGAACAGAUGUUAGGUGAUUUUGUGUAUCAUUAAUUCUUCAUCAUCUAUCUGUUUUGAAUGAAAAAUAUUUUAAAUUAUUUAAAACAUUAAAAAGUUUUUAUAAAAAUGAAGAUAUUGAUCAGAAAUAUUUUUUAAUAAAGUUAAAAAAUGGUAUUAAGUCGAAAUGAUAAAAGAAAAAGAAAAGAAGGAGAUUUGGUGGAUCUUAUGGAUCCACUUUCAGAAUCUCCAAAGAGGACUAAAGUACAUGCACAAAGAAAAUUUGCACAAGGUGCAACAACAGUUUUUAAUCCUUCACAUACUCCUAUUAAGGAUAAAGAAAAAACUAAGCCAGCAGUUAUAACAGAAUUAAUAACUCAUAAGCGACCAAAUACAGAAGACUUUUUGACAUUUUUGUGCUUUAGAGGAACAUCAAUUUUACCUCCAAGUUUAAAUUUUUUUAAUGUUGGUAAUAAAAAAGAAAAAUUGGAUCCUAAGCCAAUACGUACUAUGAUAGAUAAAAAUAUAACUUCAACUAAUAUAUCUGUUGAAAAUCAAAAGCCAGAAUCAAGUCAGAAAACUACUACUAAAAUAAAACCUGUUAUUGCUGAUAAAAAGAAAGUUCCAAAUACAAUAAAAAAAAAUAUUUCAACAUUUAAAAGUACAACAUCUACUGUACAAGCACUUAAAAAAAAAUAUCAAGAACAGCGUCUUGCUAAGCAAAGGAUUAAAAAUAAAUUUAAAACAUCAUGUGUUAUGAGAACAAGAUCUUGUACAGAACGAACAUUGUUAAAAUCUGUAAAUAAAUUAGCACCCAGAAAAUUUUUACCAAGAAUUGAAAAUAAAAGACUUGGUUUGAGAAGUAGUGUGCUUGCAGAUAAAACAAAAAAAGGUCCAUCAAAAGUUAAAUCUAUAUCACCUAAACCAAAGAAAAAAAUUAUAAUGAAACAAAAAAAUAGUGAUACAUCAAAUUCAGAUUCUACAUCUGAAGAAGAAGGUCCUUCAGAAAAAUCAGUACCACAGAUAAAACGUACAAUUCAAAAAACUGUUCAGAAAAAUAUAUGUACAAGAAGUAAAUCUGAAAUGAGAAGAAUUACACGUUCUCAUAGUGGUACAAUUUCUCCAAAAAAUCUUUGUAGAAGACCAACAAGAAAAACUAAAGAAGCAGCUGCAGUAUAUAUGGAAAUUUUAGGUCGAAAACUUGUAAGUCCUGAUUUAGAAAAUGAUGAUAAUAUUUCUAUGGAUAGUUUUCCAGAAUUACCAAAUACACGUAAAAUUUCUCAGACAGAAAAUGAAAUUAAAAAUAAAGUAAAACAAUCUAUUACAAAAACAACUAAAAAUAAAGAUAAUAAAAUUUCUUCUAUCCAUAAUACAUCAAAUAAAAGAUUGGAUAAAACUAAAACAAAUAAAAUUACUUUUAAAAGUAAAAGAUUAAUAAGAGUUCAUAAAUAUUGUGAAGUUGAUAGUGAUGAAGAAUCUAUUAGUUCCAAUGGAACUAAUAAUACAAGACCUGUUACAAGAAGAAGUUUAGGGAAAUUAAAUAAACCUAUAAACCGAUAUCUUAGAUCUUCUACUAAAAAUGUGACUACAAGAAUUGAAAUUGAAGAUAAUGUAAACAUUAAAUCAAAAUCUCAAGUUCAAAAUAAUUUAAAAUUUAAUAAGGAAAAAUUUGUAAUGAAACGUAAACGAGAACAGAAUACAAAUAAAUCAUUAUCUGAAAAAAUUAAUGGAUUAAAACAAAAAGAAAUAAAAAAUACUGUAAUUGAAAGUACAGAUUCUGAUGAAGAAACAUUAGGUAUGUUACUUAAUAAAUUAAAAAGAAAAAAGAAUGAUAAUAUACAAAAAGAUAUUAUUAAUAAAAAUAAUGAUCAUAAAAGUGAAGAUAAAAUUGAACAACCUUUAAAAGAAAAUUUAGUCAAAACUGAUCUUUCAAAAAUAUCAGAUGAUGAAGAAUCUUUUCGAGGAUUUACAAAAAAAGCAAUAUCCAAAGUAUUAAAUUCGUGUCAAACACAUGUUAAUGUUAAUCUUCUUGUCACAAAAAAAACGAAUGACAAAUUAGAAACAACUAAAAUAGAAGAUGAACAAACUUCAAAUGUAACUAAUAAACAAGAAAAUGAAAGAGAAUUAUCAAAUAAUGAACCUCUAUUAAAUACAAAUUCUUCUUCAAUGAUACAUGUAGUAGAUAAUCAGCAUCAAAAACUUGAAAAGGAUAAAUUGGAAUUGCCUGAUUUAGUAUCUGAUGAAAUAGAACAUAAAAUAUCAAUGAAAAAUAAUGAAAAAGAAUGUCAUCAUAAAACAGAAAUUUCUUCCAUAGAUAUGUCUUUAUCAACAUUGCAUAUAAGAAAAGAAAAAGUAAAUAUGUCGACUGAACAAAUUGAAAAGUGGUUGAAUGAAAGUUCACUUGCUAAAGAAGAAAGUAAAUUAGAAAUGGAAAAUGUAUCUACUUUCAAAUACGAUGCUUGUGAAAAAAAAACUGAUAUGUCACAUUUAUCAAUUUCAACAAAAAUUCAACAUUUGGUAAGACCAGUUAAUGUCACACUUUCUAAACUAACAGAAAAGGCUAAUAUAAAAGAUCGUAUAAAUACAUAUAAUAAAUAUGCCCCUAUUAUAGCAGGAGAAUUGCAAUCUGAUUUAAAACAACAUAAUGAACUAUCUAAUAUUAAUGUUAAUAAACAUAAUACAAAUUUUAAAGAUAUAAAUAAAGGAUUAAAUAUAAAAUUGAAUAAAGAUUCAUGUUCUGGAGAAGAAGGUGAAAUUGCAUUAAAAUCUGAUCAUACUUCAGUAGAUAAUUCAAAUGAGAAAAAAUUAUUAACAGAAAAGAAAACUAUAUUUCAACCAAGGAAACCAUUUUUACCAAAAGUUAAAGAACGUAAAACAGUAACUCCUAAUGCAAAUGCAUUUUCCCCAGAAAAUGAAAGCAGUGUUUAUGCAUUUGAAAGUGAUACAGAAGUUCCAGUUAAUACUCCUUUUAGACGUAAAAUUCGAGAAUCUAAUAAAUCAAACAUGAAUUUUAAUUUAUCUGAAACUAACCCAAGUAAAUCUGAAAAUAAUGCAAAUAAAUCUAAGAAUAAUACAAAUAAAUUUGAUAAUAAUGCAAAUAAAUCUGAAAAUAAUACAAAUAAAUUUGAUAAUUCAAAUAAAUCCGAAAAUAUAACAAAUAAAUCUGAAAAUGAAGCAAAUAAAAAUAUUGAAAAAGCAAGCAAAAAUAAUUGUGAACGAACAUUUAAAGAAAAUUCCAACAAUUCUUCAAAAAAUGAAAAUGAAAUAGUAGAAAUAAAAAAUAUGUCAAAUACUACUUUAAAUGUAAAUAAAUUUGAAUUAGCAAAAAAUUUUGCAACUUUAGCAAAUAUACAAGUUUUACCACUUGAUAAAUUAACAACAACUUGGAGUAAUGUAAAUUGUAGUACAUCAAUAGCAGUACAAGUAAAUCUUGAUGAUAAUGUACAAACACAAAAACAAAUAACAGAAGGAGAUGUAAAUCAACAAAAAAGUACAGAAAUAUCUACUCAAACUGAGAGCAAUAAUGAAAAUGAUGAUGAAAAUGAUGGUCAACUAUUUUAUAUACCUUUAGCUGCUGUCACAAGAAAUGGACCAAAUUUAAUUCAAGGACAGCAAUUAAUUCAAGGUGUAGCUGUAAAACUUGGCACUGAAGGACCAAAUGGUCCUAAUCAAAAAGUUCUUUUAAGAGCAAAAUUAGUUACCAAACCUCCAUCAUCAAUAGCACGUUGUCCUCCUAUAGGUACAGUGCAACCUACAACUCGUAGUCCACCUAACUCUACUCUUAUAACAACUGAUCAUUCAAUACCAUCUACUUCUUCAAAUAUUACAUCUAUUGUUAGUACAUCUAAUUCUGAAUUUCAAUCAUCUUCUCUAAGCAAAAAUGAAAACAUAUUACAAACAACAAAUAGACAAACUAUUGGAACUGCAUUAAAUAUAGGAAUUGAAAAAUUACCAAAAUCCCCAAAAACUUCUAGAGAAAGAAAAACAUCAAUUGAUUCAAAUAAGAACGGAAAACGAUGUCAAAUUAAAACAAAACAUAAAGGUUUUGAAAAUUAUUCUCCAACUAAUAAUGUAACAUUUCCAAAUGCAAAAGAUGAAAAUAACGAAGCACGAUUAGUUGAGGCUCCAACAUUUCAUCCAAGUGAAAAAGAUUUUCAAGAUCCUCUAGAAUAUAUAGAUAAAAUAAGACCAAUUGCAGAAAAAUUUGGAAUAUGCAGAGUUGUACCACCACCUAAUUUUAAACCGGAAUGCAAAGUGUCAGAUGAUAUGCGAUUUACAGCUUAUAAUCAAUAUGUACAUCGUAUGCUACAUAGGUGGGGUCCCAAUGUGAAAGAAAUGAUGGCUAUAAAAAAAUAUUUAGCUACACAAAGUAUAACAUUAACUCAUCCACCUUGGAUUGGUGGAAUGGAAGUUGAUUUGCCUCAUUUAUAUCAAACAGUUCAAAGUUUAGGUGGAUUAAAAGAAGUUAUUGAAAAAAAGAAGUGGCAAAAAGUAGCUGAUGGAAUGAAAAUACCAAAAUCUGCUCAAGAUCGUGUAACUAAAUUAGAUGAUAUUUAUUGCAAAUAUUUAUUACCAUAUGAUACAUUAUCACCAGAGGAACGAGGUAAAUUAUUUGAUGAAGUUGAAUCUGAAUGGAUAAAAAGAGAAAGUAAAGUUCUACAAAGGCAAAAUGCACCAAUAAAUGAAAAUGAUGAAGAAGAAGAUGAUGAUAGUUCUGAUGAAAUUGAGGAAUGUAUUGUAAAAGGUAGAAAUAUGCCGUUAAAUGCAUUUUAUCGUAUUGCACGAAAUACACAACGUAUGUGGUUCGGUGAAAAUCAACGAUCUGGAAAUGAAUCUGAAGGUGCUUCUGCUGAUGAAGUUGAAAGUGCAUUUUGGAAACAUGUAGCAGAAAGAAAACGACAUGUUUGUGUACAUGCUGCAAGCAUUGAUUCAAGUGGACGUGGUUUUGGAUUUUCAGUUGCUAAAAAUAGUCCAUUUGCAAGACAUCCAUGGAAUCUUAAAGUACUUACUAAUAAUGCUGGAUCAGUAUUAAGAGCUUUAGGUCCCAUAAUGGGUGUGACAGUACCAACACUUCAUGUAGGCAUGUUAUUUAGCGCAUGUUGUUGGUACCGUGAUCCUCAUGGUCUUCCUUGGAUAGAAUAUCUACAUACUGGUGCUAAGAAGAUUUGGUAUGGUAUACCAGAUGAACAUAACAAUAAUUUUAGAGAAGCUCUUUCAAAAAUGGUUCCACGAUAUUGUAAAAAUAAAACUAUAUGGCUACCAUCAGAUACAGCAAUGGUUCCUCCAGAAUUAUUGGUUAGUAAUGGAGUAUCAUUAUGUCAGACUGUACAAGAACCAGGACAGUUUAUAAUUGUAUUUCCUAAAGCAUUUACAUCGAGUAUAUGUACUGGUUAUGUAGUAUCUGAAAGUGUUUAUUUUGCACAACCAUCUUGGUUGGAAACUGCUGAACAAGUAUUUAAAGAUAUACAAGAUAGUUGUGAACCAUCAAUAUUUUCAUUUGAAAGAUUAUUAUUUAAUAUUAUUAAUGACUCUAGAUCUCAUAUAGAAGUAUUAAAACAGAUUUUACCAAGUGUAAUUAAAAUUCGCGAAAAAGAAAUAAAUUAUCGUAAAGAAUUAGAAUCAGUAGGUCUCACAAAUAAAGAAAGAUUACCCUUGCCAGAUAGUGGAAAAAGAAAAAAAGGAAAAAAAGUGAAAGAAGAUGAUGGUGACUUUGAAUGUGAAACUUGUAGAGCUAAUUUAUUUGUUUCAUUAGUUAAUAAUUCACAAGAUGAUAGUGUUUAUUGUUUAUUACAUGCAUUACAAUUAUUUAAUAGAAAAAAGCAAAUUUUAAAACAUUUUACUCUAAUGUAUACGUAUAAUGAGGAAGAAUUAAAUGAUUUGAUUCAUAAAUUAGAAGAAAGAAUUGAAGCCAAAUCUAAAAAGACUAAUCAAAUUAAACAAACAAAAUAACAAAUCUACAAAAUAAUUUAUUAAAUUACAUAGGUAAAAAUUAUUUAUUAAUCUAUUUCAAAAUAAUUAUAAGAGAUUUUUUGCAUAUAUCAUAUUUAUUCUUUUUGUCAUAAUAUAAUUGUAUAUAAAAAAUAAGUUUGUUUUAAUAACGAUUUUAAGACGGAUCAACUUAAAUAUUUAAAAAAUUAGAUAAUCUUAUACUCGUCACUAAUAAAAUUCUUGAUUUUCAAAAUAAAAAAAUUACUUAUACUUAAGUAUGUAAAUCGUACUUCUAAGUACGAUAUUUAAAUAUAUAUUUUUAUGCGUUUUAUUCUCAUAUAUCAUAGCGAUAAAUAUAAGAUAUGUGAAUACAUACAAGCUAUGUUUCAAUAAUUAUAGAAAAUUAUAGAAAUAAUCUUAUUAAAUAUUUCUUACUUCUUAAUAGAAGAAUUCUACAAUACUUAUUAUUUAAAAAUUAAGAAA